CGUUCCCCCUGAUAAAAACACUGUGAUAUGAAAGAAACAAAAGUUGAAUCGUUUGGAUCGAAUAAUCACACCAGCUGGAAGUUUUGAAACUUCGACCUUUUCAGCCCCACAAUGGCUUUAAAGAAGGUCAAAGGUAAUAUAGAACGUAUGUUCGAUAAAAACCUGACGGAUCUAGUCCGUGGGAUACGUAAUAACAAGGAAAAUGAGGCCAAAUAUAUCUCGCAAUGUAUGGAAGAUAUCAAGCAGGAGCUUCGUCAGGACAAUCUUUCGGUUAAGAGCAACGCGAUAGCUAAAUUAACUUAUUUGCAAAUGUUAGGGUAUGAUAUUUCGUGGGCUGGGUUCAAUAUAAUUGAAGUGAUGAGCUCGAGUAAGUUUACGUUAAAAAGGAUAGGUUAUUUAGCUGCUAGUCAAUCAUUUCAUUGUGAUUCCGAGUUGCUAAUGUUGACCACUAAUAUGAUUAGGAAGGAAUUGAACUCUCAAAAUCAGUAUGAAGCUGGUUUGGCCUUGACGUCUUUAAGUUGUUACAUUAGUAUGGACUUAGCAAGAGAUUUAUCGAAUGACAUUUUAACUUUGUUGAGUUCUACAAAACCAUACAUUAGGAAAAAAGCAGUACUGAUGAUGUAUAAAGUGUUCCUUAAAUAUCCAGAAGCGUUGCGUCCAGCUUUUCCCAAACUGAAAGAAAAGCUCGAAGAUCCAGAUCCCGGUGUUCAAUCAGCUGCUGUAAACGUAGUUUGCGAACUGGCUAGAAAAAAUCCAAAAAAUUACCUAAGUCUAGCCCCUGUCUUUUUUAAAUUGAUGACGACAAGUACAAACAACUGGAUGCUAAUAAAAAUUAUCAAACUGUUUGGUGCCCUAACCCCAUUAGAACCUAGGCUAGGUAAAAAGUUGAUCGAACCUCUUACCAAUCUCAUACAUAGUACGUCAGCAAUGAGUUUGCUCUACGAGUGUAUAAACACUGUUAUAGCCGUUUUGAUUAGCAUUUCCACUGGGAUGCCAAAUCAUGCGGCUAGUAUACAGUUGUGUGUGCAAAAGUUGAGGAUUUUGAUUGAGGAUUCUGAUCAAAAUUUAAAAUAUUUGGGCUUGUUGGCUAUGUCUAAAAUUUUGAAAACUCACCCAAAGAGUGUUCAAGCUCAUAAGGACCUGAUUUUGCAAUGUUUGGAGGAUAAAGACGAGUCGAUACGUUUGAGAGCGCUGGAUUUGUUAUAUGGCAUGGUGUCCAAAAAGAACCUCAUGGAAAUCGUGAAAAAGCUCAUGCUCCACAUGGACAAAGCCGAGGGCACCAUCUACCGCGACGAGCUCCUCAGCAAGAUCAUCCUCAUCUGCUCCCAGAACAACUACCAAUUCAUAACCAACUUCGAAUGGUACGUGACCGUGCUCGUCGAGCUCGCCCAGAUGGAGUUCGGCUCGAAGCAAGGCCACGUCAUCGGCGCCCAACUCAUGGACGUCUGCAUCCGCGUCCAGGCCAUUCGUCCGUUCGCCGUCUCCGAGAUGGCCCAGCUCCUCGAAGUCUACUCCUCCACGUCCCAGUUCACCAUCAUGCAGGAGGUGCUGUACGCCGCCGCCUGGCUCUGCGGCGAGUUCGCGAACGAGCUCAAAGAGCCCGAGACCACCCUGCGCGCGAUGCUCAAGUACAAAUCCCUGCCGCAGCACAUCGAAUCGGUGUUCAUCCACAACAUAAUCAAGCUGUUCGCGCACGUCAUGCAGGAGUACGAGGCGGGAGGGCGGUUGGAGGAGGUACUGGAGCUGUGCGACGUCAUCGCCGCCAAGCUCCAGGAGAGCGUGAAGUCGGCCGAGCUGGAGGUGCAGGAGAGGUCGAGCACGUCGCUGGUGAUCAUCGAGAUCGUGAAGGAGGAGCUGGCGAAGACGAGGCAGGAGCGGGUGAUGGAGAGCGAGGACCCGCUGGAGGCGGCGGAGGAGACGGUGGCGGCGAGCUUGAUGACGCUGUUCUCCGGGGAGCUGAACCCGGUGGCGCCGAAGGCGCAGAAGAAGGUGCCGUUGCCUGAAGGUCUCGACCUCGACGCCUGGAUCAACGAACCCCCCGAAGAGUCCGACUCCGAGAGCGAGCCCGAAGUCAUGGACAACCUCUUCGUUAAAUCGGACAAGCUCGAGUAUUCUCGCUCGGAGCGAUAUCAUCCGGAACCGACCGAAGAGGAGCUUCGGCGAAGUCGGGAAGCGCGGAAGUACGAACUGCAGAACAAUCCUCACUAUCUGAAGGGCGCGGACGGGGAUAAGAACGCCAAUGACAAUAAUAAUGUCGACAACAUUCCCGUGGCGGAGAUCGACCUGAACGUUCCGUUGAAGGUGGUGGGGCAGAAGCGGUCGGAUAAGUAUCUGAGCAUGAACGCCAGCAGAAAGAAGACGAAGAAGAAAAGUAAGAAGAAGAAGCACAAGUCGGAGAGCUCGUCGGACGAGGAGAACCCGGCCGAGGGGCCUGUGGUGGAGGUGAAGCGGGAUUUGGAGCUGCCGGAGGGGGCUACGUUGUCGGACUCGGAUAGCAGUCACGGGCACGUGGAUGAUCCGCAUCGGGCGCUGAAUAUAGACUUGGAUUUACCUCCAGUAUAUGAAACGACGUCAACGACCACGAAAGUGGAGGCGAAAGAAGAGGAGAAGAAGGUGAAAAAAGCUAAGAAAAAGAGCGACAAGCCAAAAGACGCUGAGAAGAAGUCCGAGAAGAGCAAGCACCGCGAAAAGGGCGGCGGCGACGCGAAGAAAGCCAAGAAGCCGAAAAAGGAGAAGAAGGAGAAGAAAGAUAAAGACGGCAAGAGCAAGAGUAAGAAGAAGCCGACAUCUGGAUACGAAGAAGCGCUGGGAAUUUCAACACCUAGCAAAGAAUUUCAGUGAUUCCGUGCCCGGUUCAAUACUCGUUUUUCUCUCUUUCUAAUGUAUUUUUUGUGUUAAACAGCUUGGAUUUAUGUUAUCGAGAUGCAGAGGAUUCAGUUAUUCACAAAUCAUUUUAUAAUCAUUGGAAAUUAUAAUUAAUCAUGUUAUUGUAAUAUUGUUUAUUGAAGAAGCGAUAAAGAAAACUAAA